AUGGGGGUUGUAGAUACAUUUGAGCCGUUAUUUACGGUUCUACUUAUUUUUAAUACCAUUAGUGCCGCAGCCCCACUUACCUUUCAUCGAUUUGCUUUCUAUCCUCUGGCUUUUAUACUCUUUGGCCUCACUUCUCUGUUGCUGCUGUUUGCUGUGAUCCUGACAGUGGGCGAUCACUCCACUGUGAUGUACACAGUUGGAUACAACGGUACAUUUAAACCACUGCCGCCCUUUCCACGUGAUGUGUCGAUGUUUUUAGUAUUAAACACCACAAUGACAACUUGCAUGGCGGCCGCUGUGUUGGCGAUGUUGUGUUGGUUCUGUUAUGAGUGCCAUAGAGGAUGGCAUGUGUACAUUCUGCCGAUGUUUGACGAUUUAAAUACAUUAGAGAAGUCCUGCUGGAACUCCGCGUUGGAUCUUAGCAAUCGUGUCUUACCCACAUAG